GUAUAAAAGAUCCCCCUGGAGUAAAGUAUGAAGUGAUUUAUCCCAGAAGACUUCAUCCACUAUAUAAAAGAGGGGUAAAGGAGCCAGAUCAACAGGAAAAAUUUGAAACUGAAUUGAAGUAUAAAAUGACAGUUAAUGGAAAAAUCGCAGUGCUUUAUUUGAAAAAAUCCAAGAAUCUCCUUGCACCAGGCUAUACAGAAACACAUUAUAAUUCCACUGGAAAGGAGGUCACCACCAGCCCACAGAUCAUGGAUGACUGUUAUUACCAAGGACACAUCAUUAAUGAAAAUAUUUCUGAAGCUAGCAUCAGCACAUGUAGGGGUCUAAGGGGCUACUUCAGUCGGGGAGAUGAAAGGUAUUUCAUUGAACCUUUAAGCCCUGAAAAUCAGGAUGAGCAGGAGCAUGCACUCUUCAAACAUGAUCCCAAUGAAAAGAGGAUUAACAGCACUUGUGGGAUGGAUUACAUGUUAUGGGCACAUGAUUCUCAGAAGAAUGUGACCCCACCUGCCACCAGUCUGGUCAAAUUAAAUGACCAGAAGAUUCGGGAACAAAAGAAGUACAUAGAAUAUUAUUUAGUUCUGGAUAAUGGUGAGUUUAAAAAGUAUAAUCAAGAUCCAGAGGAAGUAAGAAAGAGGGUGUUUGAGAUGACCAAUUAUGUCAACAUGCUUUAUAAAAAGCUCAAUACUCAUGUGGCAUUAGUGGGGAUAGAAAUCUGGAAUGACGAGGAUAAGAUAAAGAUAACCCCAAAUGCAAGCAUCACCUUGGAAAACUUUUCUAAAUGGAGGGGGAGUGUCCUCUUAAGAAGAAAACGUCAUGAUGUUGCUCAGUUAAUCACGGCAACAGAACUUUCUGGAACGACUGUGGGUCUUGCUUUCAUGUCUACAAUGUGCUCUCCUUACCAUUCUGUUGGCAUUGUCCAGGAUCACAGUGACAAUGUGCUUAGAGUUGCAGGGACAAUGGCCCAUGAAAUGGGCCAUAACUUUGGAAUGUUUCAUGACUCCUAUGUUUGCAAGUGCCCAUCUACAGUAUGUGUGAUGGACAAAGCUCUAAGCUUCUAUAUACCUACAGACUUCAGUUCCUGUAGCCGUGUAAGCUACUACAAGUUCUUUGAAGAUAAAUUAUCAAAUUGCCUCUUUAAUGCUCCAUUGCCUACAAAUAUCAUAUCCUCCCCAGUCUGUGGGAACCAGGUGAUAGAAAUGGGAGAGGACUGUGAUUGUGGGACUUCCAAGGAAUGCACCAAUAUUUGCUGUGAUGCUGAAACAUGUAAAAUCAAGGCAGGUUUUCAAUGUGCAUUAGGAAAAUGCUGUGAAAAGUGCCAGUUUAAAAAGGCCGGUACAGUGUGCAGACCAGCCAAAGAUGAGUGUGACCUGCUGGAAAUGUGUGAUGGUAAAUCUGGUAUUUGCCCUGAUGAUCGAUUCCAAGCCAAUGGCAUCCCUUGCCAAAAUGGGAAGGGCUACUGCUUGAUGGGGAUGUGUCCCACACUGCAGGAACAGUGCGCUGAGCUCUGGGGAGCAGGAACUAAGGUUGCAGAUAAGUCAUGCUACAGGACAAAUGAAGGUGUGUCCAAGUAUGCGUACUGCCGCAAAGUCAACAACACACGCUUUCCCUGUAAAGCAAAUGAUGCCAUGUGUGGGAAGUUGUUCUGUCAAGGUGGGUCAAAUAAUUUGCCUUGGAAAGGACGUGUAAUAACUUUCCUGACAUGUAAAACAUUUGAUCCAGAAGAUGACAUUCAAGAAAUAGGUAUGGUAGCCGAUGGAACUAAGUGUGGAAAUGAGAAGGUUUGCAUUAAUGCAGAAUGUGUGGAUAUUGAGAGAGCCUACAAAUCAACCAAUUGUUCAUCUAAGUGCAAAAGACAUGCUGUGUGUGACCACGAGCUCCAGUGCCGGUGUAAGGAGGGCUGGGCACCUCCUGAUUGUGAUGACUCCUCUGUGGUCUUCUACUUCUCCAUUGUGGUUGGGGUGCUGUUCCCUGUGGCUAUCAUAUUUGUGGUGUUUGCUAUAUUAUCUCGUCACCAAAGCACCCGAAGAAAUCAGAAGAAAGUCCAGAGGCCACUGGUUACCACUGGCACUAUGUCCUGCAGACAGAAGAGGAAACCACAGUUGGAGAAGGUUGUUCAACCCCAACAGAUGAAUCAGAUGAAGCUUCAUGCCCCUGAUGUACCAGUAGAUGGGAGUGAUCCUCCAGCUUCUUUUCUAACUACAAAGCCAGAUUUUUCACCACCUCCAAUUCCUACAUCUGUAUCAUCUUCCUCUUUUGUUGACUCCAAUCCAAAUGUCUGAAGCAAUAGCUAAGCAAGGAU